GAUUCUCUUAUCCACAAUUCAAUCUUCUCUUCUUCUUCGUCAUCGUCGCAGAGACUUCAAUGGCGGCUUCGUUCUCACUCUCGAGCCUCAUCUCCUUCAUCUCCCCAUUCAAAUCCCAGACCAAACCAACCCCGCCUCCAAAUCUCACUCUCCCCGCUCCAGCAUCCUCCCACAGACGGAGAAACGAUCUCGCCGUGGAGGAGCCUCCUCCUUCCAACGCCUCGAUUUCCUCGGAGCUCGCGUCCGUGAUAUGCCCGUCGCUGGCGUACGCGAACACGCUCUUCUUCAGCAGCUCGGGGUACAACGUGCAGGUGUUCGUGGAGGACAACGAGUCGGAGGAGAGGCUGGUGAAUCGGUUUAGGAGGGAGGUGAUGAGGACGGGGGUUAUACAGGAGUGCAAGAGGAGGAGGUACUUUGAGAAUAAGCAGGACGAGAAGAAGCGGAGGACUCGUGAUGCUGCUAAGCGUAACAAGAAACGGCGUCCUUUUGCAAAGUUUACUCAAGAGACUAGGGAAGAAGCAGCAGCAGCAGCGACCAAGAGUAAGAAGAAGGAUGAGGAGGAAGAUAACUGGGAGAUGCCUGAUGGAGAUGUGCCUUCUUGAACACGGUUUUAGUAUAUAGAUCUCCAUCCUGUUCGGUUUUGCUUUUGAUUACUUCGGUACAUUGUAAGUUCAAAUGCGUGUAACUUUGCCUCUGGUGGUGAGUUCUUGUCAAUGUUAAGACAUCGUUUUUUAUAAUGACUAAAAUUUUAUUCCA